UCGAAUGCUACGUGGGUAUAUAAACGAUGCGGGCAGUGUAGAAUUGCUAAAGGAAAUAGUGAGAAAACUUCUUGUAGCUUAGUAGAAAACAAUCAGAAGCAAGAUGCAGUCAAUUAGGAGGCUCUUUUACAAGAUAGCAGGGCCUGAUUCAAAACAUCCCUUGGCUUUAUUCCAUCACUGCGACUUCUCAGUCAUGCACCAGAUGAGGGAGCUAAGCCAACUGAUGAAGACUAACCCAGACAAUCUAGAUAGGCGCUCUCAGCUACUCCGCCAGCUCAAAGACUCCCAGCACAAUCUUAUUGGCGUUUUCAAGUAUCUUGUGGAAACGGCCAUUCCUGAUCUACAGAUAUCGACAGAGUUUAGGAUCAAGUAUCCAGACGAAAUGCAGACUGAAGAUUUCAAUGGAUCAAUUUGGUUUGGUGCAGAGUGCUUAGCUGCUGGUUCCCAAAUUGCUAAUCAUGAAAUAGAAUCACUAGAGAUAAGACCGUAUGCAACUCGUCUCUCAAAAUCAAUCAGCCAGCUCCGACAGAGACUAAGAGAUGAAAGUCAACAGUAUUACUAUCACGAGCCUUUCUUCUCUGAAAGGGUCAAAGAACUCUUAAAAGAAUUUGACCGAAGUUGGGUGGAUUUUGAAUUCAGAUACAUGAGUAUAAUGUUCAACAUAAGAACAGAGACUCAGUUACUCCACCAACACGAACUAGCUGUCCUCUUCUCUGAAGCAACACUAAGGGCAAUUGGAAAUAAUUAUUUCACUGAAGACAUGCUGGAAAUGAUGGAUCCAACAAUCAUGUUUUCUAUACCAAGACUCUCCAUUAUAUUUGGUUUAACUGUUAAUGUUGAUGGUCCUAUUAAUCCCAGAAGACCAAGGUCAAACACACCCUCAUGCUUCAAGCAAUACAACCGCUUACUCACGGAAAUCAAAGAUUCUUUAAGCUCACUAAGUGAAAAGGAGAUCAUUUCUCUUGAGAAGGCUCUGUGUAGCUGUGAGGAUGCCAACACUCUCUCAACUGACGGAAGUGUUGAUAAUGAGGCACUUAAGGCACUCUUCAUCUCAAUAUCAAAAGUGGCUGACCAGUUGCAGUCAAAUUAUCCCAGAGACCUAAGGGCCAUCAUGAAACAAGCCUACAUCUUCACACUGAGCAAACCAGAAGAUGAGGAAGAGACUAUGGAAGAGAGAAGAAGGAGAGAAGCAAAGCUCAGAGAUAGAUUUGACAUGCCUUCUGAUUCCAUUACAUUUGACCUCUCACUAACUUCGUUAAUGCAUUCAUCGACUGAAAUGUGCACUGAAUGGGAAGCUGAUUCAGAGUCACAUGCUUGUCACAGCUGCCACGAUAAGUUCUCUUUCUUCAGACGUAAACAUCACUGCAGGGCCUGUGGAAAGGUUGUUUGUGCCCAAUGUUCUCCACAUUACCUACCACAAGGGCCAAAAAAUGAUGACGAUGAUGAUGACGAUGAUGAAAGAUUACUUAGAGUUUGCAAUACUUGCUACAUACGUGAAUUAGGCAAAAUCACUCAAUCACUCUCUCUCAGGCCACAACUACCAAAUGUCACUUCUUCCUAGCUGCACAGUUAGAGCACUAUCAUAUCUUAUAAUCCAA